AUGGCCCUGAGGCGGUCAUCCAGACUAAGCCAAAAUGUGGAACUGGGAAAAAGUGUGAGCUACGCCCUGGUUGAAAAAACGGACGACGAGGAUGGCAAUUCAGGUGAUAAAGUGCGGGACAGAGGAAGGAAGAAGGAUGUGAAACGUGCUAGCGGGGGAGUAACAAGUACCGAUGGUGACAACACUACUGAGGACAGUGACUACACAGUAAGUGAGAAUGAGAAGAAGGGGCACUCCGAAGAGGAGGAUGAGGACAGUGAAGAUCAGCGAGAUGAUACAAGCGAAGAUUCCACGGAAGGUAAAAGAAACAAAGGGAAGAAUUCUCGCAAAAGUAGGGACCAACAAAACAGACAAAAGAGCAUCCGUAACAAUCGGGACAGUGACGAAUCAUCAUCAGUGGGAGCCAAAAGGAAAAAAAGCAAUCCCGGAAAAAAAGGCAAACCCAGCAAGCAAAACAAACGGGGAAGUACCGAAUUGAGUGUCGUUCCGCAUGAAGAAAACGCCAACGAGAAAGGAAACAAUUCUUCAGAUCAAAACUCCAACCAUGUGAACAAAAACAACAAACAGAAGAAGCCAAAGGGGAAAAGCUACAUAGAAAGAUUGCAGGAAGAUGUGGACGACGACGAUUUUGAUAUUUUUAAAAAGAACAGCAAAUUUGACAAAAAUAAAAGAAUAUCCACCAUUAACAAGGUUAGCAGCGCGUUAGACAUGAAAUCGAAGAAGAGGAAAAGCGUUUACGUGGAAUCCAGUAACAGUGAAGAUUCAAGCGAAAGCGAUUAUGAGUACGCCACUGAAAAAACGAGACCUGCGAAAAAAUUAAAAAACAACAACAACAAUAACAGUAAUAAUAAUAACAAACCGAACGACAAGGAACAAGGUGGGCCAAACAACAUGAAGGCAAAUGCCCAUAAAAAUUUUGAUGACUUUAAUAUGUACGAAAAAAUUAAAAAAGAUCCCAAAAAUUUACACGAAGUUAUAGAAGAAAUUUAUUACUACUUGUUUAAUAGAGAAAAUAACGAAAUGGUUAAGGUCUCCACUUUUUUUUUAAAUUUCCUGGCUGAAUGUUCAGGCAAUGAAACGCUCACGUGGACAGUUGACAUAAUUGAUUAUAUAGACAAGCAAGUAUACCUCUACGAAGAUAUCGCAAAUAACAAAAUUGACCAUCCGUCGACUGCUUCGAACAGGGUCGGAGCGGCUCCCACCUCCAUAUCCGAAAUUAUCACCCCCUCAACGGCGCAAUCAGGUAGUAAAAUCACCAACCUAGAUGAAAUCAUAAAAGACGAAAGCAACUUUGAAAAGAUAUGCACAUUUAAGUGUAAAAAAUUGGAACAGUAUUUAUCGUCCGAUCUCGACAAUGACGUUUUGAUAAAAAAAAAAAAUGAAAAUAAUAAAUCGUAUAAGUCCUUUACAAGUUUCUUCUCCGAUUUUGCAUACCAUUUUGAUGAGAUCUACAUCCACGAGGUGUUGUACGUGUGCAUAUGGAUAUUCUCCCUCAGCAUAAGUAAGUACAGGAAGAUACGAUUUACUGCUUCUUUAGCUAGUCACUCCAUAUUACUAGGACUGUGUAAAAAAAUUAACUAUAUUAACAACCAUGAGAAGCAAGCGGGGAAGCAGCUACUCGCGGAGUACGCCCGGGAGAGGGAAAAUACCCACAAAGGGAACGGUCAGCGGAGGGGCAGCGCCAUCGGCAGGAGCAGCAAAAGCAGCAGAAGCAGUGCCCACACCUCGAACACGGGGAACGAGAAAUUGGACGUCGCUGACAUCGAAGAACUCAUCCAGUACGCCAAAAAGAGGAACAAUGAACAAAUCCGAACCAUCGUGGAAAGAAAUUUAAUCAUCAGCCAACUUAUCGAUAACAUAAACGAAGACAGAAAAAAUCUAACCAUAUUGAAUAACUUCCUUCUCUCCACAUAUAACAUAAUAUACAGGAACAAAAUAAAAGACGUGUUUUCAGAUAUAAGGGCAAUAACUCUGGAGUUUUUCCUCCACUAUGUAAAGGUGUUAAGCACCUACUUUACCAACAGGAAGUACACCAAACUGCUUAUUUGGAUUUUGUACGAUAAAGAUAGCAAAGUUAAGACGUACGCAUUGGACAUUUUAAUAUAUCUGUGCACUUUGUACAACACGAAUGGGAAUUUCAAAAUUGUGGAGCUGCUUUACAUGUGUAAGAAAAAAUUGCUGAAUUUUAUUUUCGAUGAUGAUUACAAUGUUCGAGUGAAGACAUUCGAGUUGAUUCUCCAGAUGAGCAAAAUGAAAAUUAGGAAGGCCGAAUUUAUAGCGUUUAAAAGAAGCGCCAAGAAUAGCCCCAUCACACCUACCAACAAGAGAGAUGAGACAUCAUCCGAUGGCUCUUCCCAAUAUGAAAGUGGCGAGUACGAAGAAAAGGACACGUCUUCCGAUGUGGAGGUGCUUGGAAAUAAUCAACUAUCCAUAGUACAGGAUGACAAACAGAGGAAGAAAAACCACACAGCAAGUGACAUGGUUAACAUUCUCUCAAAGAAGGAAAAGAAAAUUGUUAGCAACUUAAUAUGGUUUAACAAUAAUAGUAAAAUAUCGAAGAUCAUCACGUCUCUUAUUUACGAGUCGCAAAUAAAAAACAAAAUAAAAAAGUGCGAUCGGAAGAGGAACAACUAUUUUGACCUAGAACAAAAUGACGCCAACUCUGAAAUUGUAAAAUUUAAUCUCAUUUUUUUGACCAAAUAUCUGAACAGAAGCAUCCCGACUGUUAAAAAUUUCGUCCACUAUUUUGAUUACCUGGCCAACUACAAUGAGAAUAUGAAGCUGUACACAGUGAUUGACAGAUUUGUUAGCGGGAUUAGAGAAAUGCUAGAUGCGGUGAACUGUAUCGAUGUCAUGAUUGAACUGCUGUGCAAGGAUGACAUUGCUGCGGAGACCCACUGGGGCGGAGCCGUCGAAAUGGUCAGGGAUAAGAACGAGCUGGAAGGAAGUGGCAGUGGGGAUUGCAAAGUGACGGAGGGAGGCGAGAAGAGGGGGCAGAAAAAUGGAAAGAGGACCAAAAAGGGGAGCAACAAGGCCAAGGAAAGACCGAAAAAAAACGAUGGGAGUGGAAGUGAAGGUGGACGCGAACAUGAAGAUGAAAGUAGCAACGGUGAGGAAAACGAACACGAGGUGGAGGCAGGAAAAGUCAGCGAGGAGCGAGACCUCAGGAAGUGCCUCCUGUACAUCUGCGAAUCGGCGUACAGAAAUUUCCAGAACGAUAUAAACGAAAUGGAGAGGAACAAAAAUAGGAAGACGCCCCCUCAAGUUAGCGGCGUGAACGCAGCAGAUAGGAACAGCAUGCAUAACGCGAAGCUAAGUAGCGAUACGGGGAAAAUUAAAAAAAUGAUCAUCUACACAUUCGGAAUAAUCAAGCACAGUAAGCUCCUGAUAAAACUGCACCAAACGAAUCAGGAACAUUUGUUGUUAGUUUUUAAAAUUUUGAAAGUGGCUAUACAAGAGUGCAAACACAUAUACAGAAAUGGAGAAAAGAAUAAUAUAUACAAUUUCGCAUCCACGAUAAUGGAAUAUUUUAAAAACGACAUUGACAGCAACAUCAAUUUUUUUUUUAACAACAUUUUUGUACAUUUAAAGGAGACCUACGAAUAUCUCUACUACGUGAUAAAAAAUCUGAAGCUGCCAUAUUACUCUGCCAAGUGUACCAUGAAUAUGAUUUCCCUCUUUCUCUCCUUGAACGAUUUCCUUAAGGGGGAGGGUCCUACAAGCGGGGGAAGUGGCAGCCAAAAGUUAUCCACCGAUAUAUUCUUCGACCUUUACUACACCCACUUUAACAAUUUUUUAGACGCCUUUUUAUACUACCGCAAAAACUACAACGCAGAAAUUGAGUGCGAAGAGGAAGAGGAGGAGUACAUACAAAAUGGACGUAACAAAGUUAUCAUCGUUAAUGAAAAUUUAAUGCACAAAGACAGAAACGUUGUGGACUCGAUAGAAAGUGACUUAGUCUCAAAUCUUACAAAUUUGAUUCAUAUGUAUACUCUUUGCUUCAGCUAUAUAAACAAUGAUUUGUCUAGCUAUGUGGAAAAAAAAAAUGAUAUCAAGAAGAUUAAUAAAAGCAUUAAGAAGGUUAUCGAGAAGGACUAUUUUCAAUUUAUUGUAAAUGAGAAGUGUCAGGCGUACUUCAAGGAGAAUAUUUUCUUGAACGAAUUUUUGGAUGGCCACCUUUUGCAGUACGGCAGUGAGCAUUUCUCUGAGGGUUACGACAGCGGAGACAGCGGUGACAACCGCGAUGAUGAUGAGGAGGAGGAGGGCAGCGAGGAGGAAGACAGCGAACCGCACAGUGAUCAGCGCGACCAACGAGACGAGGAGCACACCGGCCGAGCUGCCAACCGAAGGAGGAACAAACGGGCCAAUCGAAAAAAAGGCAAAAAUAGCAAACCCAACGCGGAAAAAAACGUGUACGACAGCUACAUGAGCCGAAGCGGCACUAUCAACAAUCAGAAGAUAAAUAAUAAAGCGGCAUUUGAUAAGGACGAACAUUUCCACCAGGGACAAAAUUUUUACAAUCUAUACUACAGCUCGGAUGCCUGCAUGCAUGCAAAUGUAGUUAUUCAGCUAUGCUUUUACAUAAUAAAGGCAAAAAUAAAUUCAGUGUACUAUUAUGAAGAGGAGAAUAGCACCCCCAAAACACCCUCAUCUAGGCUGCUCCUACUCUGCAUAGACCUCAUAUACGUCAUAUAUGAAAAUUACAUAUACUACCUAUGUAGGAAGAGACACUUUUUCAACUACCUAUAUAGUAACUUUUUUUUGAAGAACGACUCCUCGGUUGGAGCAGAUCGGAAAAAAAAAAAUAUUUUAAAAAACGUAUUCGUGGAACUGAAUUAUAUAUACAAUAAUUUGCUAACCCUGAGAGACGACUUGAAUGACGUGUUGGUGUAUCUCAUCAAGGCAUCCAACAACACGAUCCUGAAAUAUGGUGCGUUCUUAAAUCUGAUGAACAUUGCGCAGUUGGAAAAUGUGCUCCUCUACUCUGUGGAGGACAUGAGAAAGUAUAAAACGUUAGAGCUCUUUAUAAAUGCGUGCUGCGGGGAGGAAGGUCAGGUGGACGAGAGUGGUAUGGCCAAUCUGCAGCAGUUGUUAACGUUGGACGCAAGCGGCAAGACGGGGGGUGCAGUUGACUACACAACCGACAGUUGCAAACCCACGCAGAAGAUGGACGAACUGGUGCAAAUCUACCUAGAUACAGAUGAACAAAUCAAUAAAUACAAAAGCGUGGCGAGAUAUGUGUACAAGGAAGACAACGUGCUGUUCAAUUUCGUAACGGAGUUAUUCAAAAACGUGGAAAAUAUAAACAACGAUAAUUACAAUUUUGUUAACUCCUUCCUGUCAAUCGACAUAGGUGUGUUUUUCCCCAUAAACACAUACACCUACAUUGCCGACAUGUGCAAAAUAUACAACAAGGACGAACUGAGUACGGAUAAAAAAAUUUUAGAAAUGCAGUAUACUCACAUGACACUAAUAAUAGCUCAGUUUAUUUUACAUUGCAACAAUAUAAAUAUAUUUAACAGUUGCCUAGGGGUCCUUUUGUUAAUCCAUUUGAAUGUAAAAAAUAGAGGACUGUCCUCCAUUGCGUUAAGUUUUCACAACAAAUUAAAAAAGUACAGUAUUGACAUUUUUUAUGAAGUGUUACUAUGCGCAUUGAUUGGACUGUAUACAGCAUAUAUCAACAACGCAUUGGAAGAAAAAGACCUGUUGUUGUUUAGUACCUCUAUAGCUAGCCGGUUGGGAGUUAAAAUUGUGGAGAGGCAGAAACUCCCCCUGUGUAAGUUUAUCCACUCAUGUGUAAAUUGUGCCCUGAACCUAAAGAAUCAAAAUUCAUUUCUAAAAUAUAUUUUUCCCUAUGCUCAGAAAUUAACUCUCUCCGAUUAUCAAACUGGCUACCUCAAAAAGCAAAUUCUGAACCUUAUAGAAUCGUACAACACAGCUAACAAUACACAGAUAAAAUUCGAAAGCAGCAUAUUUGAACAUAUGUUUCUGAUAAUCUGCAAGAAAAGAAAACUCAAUGAAGAAUUUAGGGACUCCAAUUAUGAAAACUCGUACAUGAAUCUUAACGAAAGUAUCCAUAUGAAUAUAAGCAAAAAUAUUGCCAAACGGAUCAGUGGGCGAUCUAAUGCACCCUCUAUAAAAACGAGGAGAAGCUCCCAGGAGGUCAACCCUCACGUUAAUAAGAGGGUGACACAAAAUGGGAACAAUUCCGAUGGAAGUCACAGUGACUCCGAUUCGGAUACAGAUACAUCUCUCCAGGGUGUAGCAAAAGGUACGGCAAAGAUUCGCCAGAAUGAUGUAAAUGAAGAAAGAGAUGAAAAUAGGCACGCUUCUAAAAUUAAGGAGGAACUCGUGGAUGGGGGGGAUGAUUCUCGAGAGGAGGUUGCGAAAGGUAGGAAUAAAUACGGAAGAAGUGCGCCAAAUUUGGAGAGCACUGCACCACGGGGCGAUAAGGCGGAUAACUCGGAUUAUGAGAAGACGCCGUCCAACUCAACGCUAAGCAACUUUAUCAGCCAAAACGAAGAUGAGGACAACGUGUGCUUGAUCGGGGAGGCUAACCGCGUCAACACCAACCACGGCAACGCCAACCAUGGCAACAAGGGAGCCACCCGUAAUGAUGAGCAGUACAUGUACGAAAUCAAUUCUAGCCCAAAACCGAUAAGGACCAAAAACUUGACCAAGCUCAAUCUAAUAAGCAACGAUGGCUUGGGCUCUAACAUGAAUAAUGACCGCGCGGACAAGUCUCCAAAUGGAACUCCAAAACAUUCGGAUGACCGGUCCCUCAACAGCUCCCUAAAUAAUGUCAGCGAUAAGGACAAUGAUGAUGUUUCCAUCAUAUCUGAGAAGAAGGACAAGUUAAAUUAUCUACAAGAAAACGAUGAUGAUUCCAGUUCGGACAUGAUACCAGGCAUAUCUCCGAUGAAGGUUCGAAAAAAAAAUAGAAGUGAAUUGUCUACCCCCAUUUCGUACGCCGACGAUUUGAUGAAUUUUUGA